GCUUCCCGGCCGUUUUACCGCCAUUUUGCCCACUCAUUAAUUCUAUAAUAAAUUUUCUUUUUUUUUUUCAUCAUUGUUUAAGUAAAUUACAUGUUAAGUAUUUACUCAUAAAUUUUAUUACAUCAGCACUUAUUGUUUAUUUAAAUAUUCACCAAUAAUAUCAAGUUUUACUACAAUGAAAAAAGUCCAAAAAAAAAUGAGCAAGUCUAAAGAUUCUCCAUCUUCUGACAAUGAGGCUGAAGAAGAGUUCAGCGUUGAGAAAGUGCUUGACAGACGAGUGGUUAAGGGCAAGGUAGAGUAUUUCCUUAAAUGGAAAGGGUACUCAAACGAUGAAAACACUUGGGAACCAGAAGAAAAUCUGGACUGUCCUGAUUUAAUCGCUCAGUUUGAAGAUCAGCGAAAAAAGAAAGAGGCUGCUGCUAGUAGCAAGCGGCAUGAAGAAAAAGAUUCCAAAAAACGAAAAAGUUCAAGCACCCCAACUCCAACACAUGCCAAAAAAAAGAUGACAGAGGACAAGGACAAAAAACCAGAAGGAUUUGACAGAAAUCUCGAACCUGAACGUAUCAUUGGUGCCACUGAUUCAAGUGGGGAACUUAUGUUUUUGAUGAAAUGGAAAGGUACUGAAGAUGCAGACUUGGUUGCAGCUCGCGUUGCUAAUGAGAGGUGUCCGCAAAUUGUGAUCAAGUUUUACGAAGAAAGAUUAACAUGGCACAGUCCGACGCACGACGAAGAAGGCUCCAACAAACCUGAUCCUGAGUAGCAUUCACACUCUAAGUUUUACACAGCACACUUUAAAAUAUGUCACAUUUAGUAAUCUCAAAUUAAAAAAAAAAAAAAAAAAAAAAAA